CCUUCAGUCUACAUGUAUUAUCCUGUUUUAUUUUUUUAAACAUUUAUGUAUGCAAGAACUGGGGUACAGGCCAGAGGUGUGGGGGAGGGUCAGAGGAUUCACCAGAGACAGUGAGGAACAGAACAGGCAGACUGACAAAUACACUGCUGAGGGGAGCAGCAGUGAGUCAGGAGAGGUCUGCUGCGCCAUAUGGCCGGUGAUUGAAUUCGUGUUGCAGAGGCUGUGGAUAGCUUCAUAGAUUGCAUCGUAACUCCUUACGCCACCAGGGAGGCCUGUAUUAUCCUGUUUUAGAUUUUUUUUUUUUAAUGAAAGCAUACAGUUGAAUUUCCUCCAAGAGGAAAGACGUUUGAACUAUUUGUGUUAAUAUGUUUGCAAUGAUUCCUGUCAAUUUUUGUUUUGUGUUUUGUAUUUCCCAUACUUUUUUUCCUUCCUUGUGUUUGAACUGGUGUGUUUUUUUUUUUUUCCCCUUCGUUGUUUAAAGGUCACACGCUCUUCUUCUGGGGCUACCUAUAAGCUUUUAAAUCACUUCUCUAUUAUUUGGAAUUAAUCAGAAUCUUUCUCUCUCCCCAACUAGAUAGAACUGCUGCUUGUUUCACUUCCCUCUCCUCUCUCUUCCCUCUUUGAGUUCCUAUGUUGAAAUCAUUAUUUCCAUGGUUUGGCUUGGAUAUUGGUGGAACCUUGGUCAAGCUGGUUUAUUUUGAACCCAAAGACAUCACUGCUGAAGAAGAAGAAGAAGAAGUAGAAAGUCUUAAAAGCAUCCGAAAGUACCUGACCUCCAAUGUGGCUUACGGGUCCACGGGUAUUCGGGACGUGCACCUGGAGCUGAAGGACCUGACUCUGUGUGGACGCAAAGGCAAUCUGCACUUUAUACGCUUUCCCACUCAUGACAUGCCUGCUUUUAUUCAGAUGGGCAGAGAUAAAAACUUCUCAAGUCUCCACACUGUCUUUUGUGCCACUGGAGGUGGAGCGUACAAAUUUGAGCAGGAUUUCCUCACAAUAGGUGAUCUUCAGCUUUGUAAACUUGAUGAACUAGAUUGCUUAAUAAAAGGAAUUUUGUACAUUGACUCAGUUGGAUUCAAUGGACGGUCGCAGUGCUAUUACUUUGAAAACCCUGCUGAUUCUGAGAAAUGUCAGAAGUUACCAUUUGACUUGAAAAAUCCAUACCCUCUACUUCUGGUGAACAUUGGCUCUGGGGUUAGCAUCUUAGCAGUAUAUUCCAAAGAUAAUUACAAGCGAGUCACGGGUACCAGUCUUGGAGGAGGAACUUUUUUUGGUCUCUGCUGUCUUCUUACUGGCUGUACCACUUUUGAAGAAGCUCUUGAAAUGGCAUCUCGUGGAGAUAGCACUAAAGUGGACAAACUAGUGCGAGACAUUUAUGGAGGGGACUAUGAGCGGUUUGGAUUGCCCGGCUGGGCUGUGGCUUCCAGCUUUGGAAACAUGAUGAGCAAGGAGAAGCGAGAGGCGGUCAGCAAAGAGGACCUCGCCAGAGCGACUUUAAUCACCAUCACCAACAACAUCGGCUCUAUAGCAAGAAUGUGUGCCCUUAAUGAAAACAUUAACCAGGUGGUAUUUGUUGGAAAUUUCUUGAGAAUUAAUACGAUCGCCAUGCGGCUUUUGGCGUAUGCUUUGGAUUAUUGGUCCAAGGGGCAGUUGAAAGCACUUUUUUCGGAACAUGAGGGUUAUUUUGGAGCCGUUGGAGCACUCCUUGAACUGUUGAAGAUGCCCUGAUCUUUACCUGGGGAGGGGUUCUUGGAAUCUUCCACCCUGGGAUCUCUGGACUUUUGUUUUUUAAGAGACUUGCUCACUUUUAUGAUUGUGUACUACCUGAAUCAAAGCAAGAAAGGACAAGUGUAUUUUUCUAAGUCAUCAAGAUCACUCCUUAAAAAUUCAGUCUAAAGUAGUAACCAUAAGGAAAGACACGUGUGUCUAAAGAAGUGGACAUGUCCAUGGCAGCGACGAGUUGCUGUUUAAGUUGCUGUUCAGUGUAGCCUUGUUAAACAUGCUGCGUGUUCCUGAAAUUCAGCUCUACUGGGGCCACUUCAGGGGAGAACUGUUCUGUGUUCGGCUGACUGGUUUUGUGUCCUGUUUGAAUUUGCUGAAUGUAAAGCAAGCUGCUGUGUGAUACAAUCACAAUGUUGUCACCGGCCGUGGAGAUCAUCCGAGCGUUAGCUCUGGUGCGCAUGGUCCCUUUGUGUGAACAAAUUGAAGAACAUGUUGUAUUUCAAGGUUCUGCACAUUUAAUUGGGCAAGUUAGGUGUGUACCUAGAGCUUGGAAAAGCAAUUUUUGGAAGGGCAUUUUGGGUUUCUUUACACUGCAAGACCUGGGAAGGACUGUUCAUAAAGAUAGGACUUCCCUGGCCAGUUUCCUCCAGUUGGGGGGCCAUUCUUGAUCUGAGGGAAGUGGAUCCUCCAGUAGAAAAAGCACAGCAUGGAAGACUAAACUCAGACACAAGGGGCGCUGGAAUCCGCAUCUCCUGAGACCUGGGGAGAAUCUGGUUAUUCUUUCAGGCUUGUGGAAAUGGAAGGGGAAGAGGGUGGGGGGCGACACUGGCUUCUCCCUCCUCCAGCAACUUUCCCCCUUGAGCAAACUGCCUGGCACGGUGCUGCCAUGGAACUGAAUCAGGUUCAGAAGACUGCUUGAGAAGGGCAGGAUUUGAGGUGUAGUCUUUUUUUUUUUAAUUGACCUUAUAUCUUUAUUUUUUUUUAAAGAUUUAUUUAUACAAGCACUGGGUACAGUCAGAAG